UUGAUAUACACACGUUGGAGCGGAUUUUCGUCGGGGUUGCGUUUGUAGCACGGUCUCACAAUUGAGAUAUACAUCAAACUAUCAUUCCCUUGUAUCAAUAGAUGCCUGUUCUUCAUUUGGCCUUUUAUUUCUUCCCAUGUUUUGUGAAAUAUUGUCCCAAAUAGAGGCCGACUUUAGUUGAUGUCUGUCCCCUCCAUCACGCUAUCCCAACAACAUCCCAAAGUAAUACAAGCAGAAGCAGCAAACAUAAAAAAAAAAAUGUGUAUUCUUUGUACCAAAGUUUUGCCCCCUUUCUCUCUCCAUUGACAAAAUGUUAUAAUAUUGUAUGAGUGACAGACGAAAGGUCAUUAUUAGAUAAUGUAAUCUCCUUCAACAAUAUGCCUUUUUUGUCUUUUAUUAUUCUACUUAAUUCCCCCAAUCACUCACUCAAAAAUAAUAAUAAUCUGGUCUCUGCUGCCACAUUUUCUUGAAUUUCUCCUCCCCUAAUUUCUCAAAAAACAGAAAAAAGAAAGAAGAAGAUCCGACCCGACCGAUAAAUAUGGUGAAAGCGUUACAUGCCACUCUAAUAAUAAUUGCGGUGAUUCUGGCUUUGCUUCUUGUAAUAAUCCUCAGACGCUGUUUUCGGCCCAAAACCCACAAAAACACUCAAACCCUUCACCAUGGCAUCGCUAGGCUUCAUCAGGUUAGUCCCCAAUUGCACUCUAAAUUCACGUGGGCCGACAACCCUUCCCUUGCCACCGACGCCGUCGAGAAUGGCUGGCCGAGAUUCGCGUUCGCGGCCGGGAAAAACGAGAAAACGAAUUUGGAGAUGGGUUGGGAGGUCUGCGAGGGAUCUGCCGAUUUGACGCAGAAAAUCAGAUGGAUUAAUCCCGAAGGUCGCACCACCAUCGUCCGGGCCGGGUUGCCUCUACCCGGGCCCAACUCUUCCUUUCCGCAGGAGGCGUAUUUCGAGAUAACCAUAGUGGAACGUGACGAGGGGAAGAAGAUAUCGGAGGGGGAUAAAGUUAAGCUGCUUAAUGGGCCGGAGACAGUCGACAAGAUGGGCACAAACGACGGCGUUUUGAUUUCAGUGGGGUUGACAUUGGGGGGCCCACUUGGGUUGUGGAAACCAGGCUCUAUUUGUUUCAACUCAACUGCCUCGCUCUACCUUGAUGGAGCCAAAUUAGCAUUCGAAUCUGAAAAUGAGAAAUGGGGAAUCCCGAACAAAGUAAUUGGAUGCGGAUACAACCCUAGCCAGAAGAAGGUCUUCUUUACAGUCGAUGCACAAUUAGUACAUGAAAUCCCCUGCAAAACGGAUGAUUAUAGUUCACCACUUUACCCAACACUAGCCGCAAAUACUGAUGUAACAAUUUUGGUGAAUCUUGGACAGAGCCCGUUUAAAUAUUCUCCCGCCAAUUUGCAAAGGACCCCUAAUCCAUGCUUUAUUAAUGGGACCUCCUUAGGAUAUGAAGACAGCCGAGAACUUUUCUCAAUGGGAAGGAUCGACUCACAAUGGCUACAAAGGAGUGCGAAUAACAACACAGUGAGUAGCAUUAAGGCUAUGGGUUACGAUCAAGACUCUGAUGGUGAUUUGUUUGAGAUUGUCCUGGAUAAUACUACAGGAAAAUCUCCAUAUGCUACAAUACAUCAUCAAUAGGUUUAAUACUUUUUAUACAAAGGUAAAUAAAUGUGAAACAGAUGAAAAGAAUUUUCUAUUACCUAACAUCUUUAUUGUAUCUCAAUAUUUUCCUCAUUUUUCUUGCUGGAACUUUUGCAAGCAUUGUGAAUUUGUAAGGGGAUUUAUUGUACUCAAAACUACAUAUUACGGAUCACGUAGGUAUUUUGAUAAAAUUUUCUGCCAAGAGGUUCAAACUUUAGUGGCUAUUGAUGGCAUUCUUACCAACGAUCAACACCUUAAUUAGCUCUG